AUGACUACGAAUAAAAUUUCUUCUCCUUCUAUACAUCAUUUCUCUUGGGAAGAAUGGGAUGAUCAAAUGAUUGUGAUUUUAUACCGGUCGGAUCAACGUUUCGUCGUUAAACGCUACAUAGAACGUGUUCUUGCUAACUCUACUCAAUGGCAGCGAAUCGCUCGGUCAUCGUUUGCAAAUCUGGAGCCUAUCGCUCAAGCGUACACAAUGACAGAGAAUGAAGUGAAACUCAUGCACCAUAUAUUUUCUUGGCAUUUGGAUGGUACUUUAAAGUUUCCAAUUAUCGGUGGACUCGAUCAAUUGCUUGAUUGGGAAGAUGUUCUGGAUUUUAUUGCACAUUCACAACAAAUGGCACAGAUUAAUCAACACGAGGAAUUGGUUUCAACGAACUCGCCAGCGAUUUUUCCAACGAUUCCUGUAGGAAUCAAGAAAAAACUUCAAGAGAAAAACGACAACGCGGAAAACACACUGGCGAAAAAAGGAAACACGACACCAAUGAAGAAGAAUAAAAAAGUAAUUCCACGACAGUUGUUAGAUGAAAGUUCAGCAGGAAAUCAUUGGGUACAGAUCAACAAUAUCUGCGUUCCCUAUAUCAUUAAAUCUGAACAAACGCGUUUUCUUCCCUAUCAAGUCAUACUCGAUUGUGAACUACUCAACGAUCAAGAACAAGCGUUUCUCAUUGAUUUUACAGUCAAAGCUAGUCCAAACGAUAUUCGAACAUUUGAACGAAUUAUAUCAUCAUCAUCUUCAAUUGAUUUUUCAUUAAAUAAAGAUCUUCUACUUAUCGAUCUCUACCAUUUAAUAUUCGGAAUAUCAAAAGUUGUUUAUGUUAAACUAGUUAACAACCAACGCGAUGUCAAUAAGGGUUAUAAGACUGUCUUAGCACAAUGCGGUGGAACGUUUCAGUUUCGUUCUCAGAUGAUUCCAUUCAUAAGUCUUGGUAAAUUUGAUUAUGUUCUUCUCGAUUCAAUCUCAACUAUUUUACCCUCGACAACAAAAAUGAUUUCUAAUCUACGUCGACAUACUGUACAUUAUCAAGACCCGAAUAUUUUGAUCGAUCAGCAACAAUCAUUAAUAAGCACACAUGACAUUCACAAAUACAUCGAGAAAGACGACUUAAUCGUAGAUAUGUCAUUAACACAAUAUCAACAGCAUGAGUAUCAGAUGAUGCGCAAGAGAACCGAUGGAGUUGAAACUCGGUCAAUGAAAAAAUCGACGAAACGAAAGGCGAGCUCGGCCAUGGCUGAUGUACAGAACACGACUUGA